AUGAGUGGAACGAAGAGUGCGCACAUUUCAAGUGAACAAAAAACACAUUUAAUUUCGUUCAUGCAAGAAAAUAAAGAAUUAGUCGAGGGGAAGUUCACAAAGAAUUUUACGUUUAAAACAGCGCAAAACCUGUGGAACAGGGCUGCCGAAGAACUAAAUUCCAUUCCGGGGGCCCGAAAAGACUGGAAACAAUGGAGAAAGACUUGGCAGGACUUGAAGGCUAAAACGAAGUCGAAAAAGGCUGACAUAAUUAAACAAUCGAAGAAAACCGGUGGUGGUCCACCUCCGGAAGAUCUAGAUUUAGGGGAAGAGAAAAUAAUACAAAUAAUUGGAAAUACCGUUAUAGAAGGUCAAGACGUCCCCGAGUCCACGAUUAGGUUUAAUUGGGAUGGAGAUAGUUCUUCUCAACUGCCAGCAGAAUUGUUAGAGCCGACAGAAGAACAAGUGGAAGAGAAAAAAAAAGAGAGAAUUUUACCCGAAGAAAAACCCCAAUUUUCUAGAAAGCGGAAAGCCCGUCCCGCAGAACGAUUAGACAAGAGUCUAAAAGCAUCAGAGCAGUUGGUCAAACUGACCACGGAAAAAAACAAAAUGAAAGAAAAAUAUUAUGAAAAAAAAAUUCUUUUAUUGGAGCGGCAAGUAAAGGCCAAAGAAGAAAUCGCAGAAUCGCUGAAAAUAAUCGCCAAUAGGUUAAGGAGAAAUAAUGGUAGUCUAUUAUAA